AUGUUCUUCAAUCGCAAGUCCAAAAAGACGCCCUCCACCGCCAACACCCCGCCGCCCGCCGAACCUUCAUCACCCAAGCGUACACCGACCGCCGACAAGGACAAGGCUGCAAAGGGCAGCAAAGGCUACUUCACCCGCGAGAAAGAGGCCGCCUCGAAGCGACCUUCGCUUUCGUCUUCGACUUCACAUCAUCGAAGCAGCAGGACUUCGCGCCGCAGAUCCUCCGAAUCCACCACACAUCCGCUGAAUUUGCCGCCCGAGGAGAUAAGACGGCUGAGCGCGCUGUCCGCUAUGAGCAACAGCAGCAGCAGCGGGAGCGCGGGGAGGGAGAAUGGGGAUGCGAUGGAGACGACGCCUGUGCCCGAGGAGGUGCCGGGUGGGUUUCCUAGUGGGGAGACGAAUGGGGUGAAUGGGGAGAAGGAGGAGAGUGCUGGGGAGGAGGGGCCGGUUCCGCCGCCGCAUGGGGAGAACACACCGCCAAAAGCUGAACCGGUAGACGCGGAAGCGUGCAAGGCGCAGGGGAAUAAGCUGUAUAAGGCUAAGAAAUAUGCGGAGGCUAUUGGGGAGUAUUCGAAAGCUGUCGAGGCGGACCCCAAGAGCUCGACAUAUCUCUCCAACCGAGCAGCGGCGUACAUGGCGGCGAAUCGAUUCCAGGAGGCAUUAGAGGACUGCAGGAAAGCGGAAGAGCUGGAGCCGGAGAGUGCGAAGAUUCUGCAUCGGUUGGCGAAGGUGUAUACCGCGCUGGGACGGCCACAGGAUGCACUGGAUGUUUAUGAUCGGAUACAGCCGCCUGCUACGGCAAAGGACAGGGCGCCGGCACAGAACAUGCAACAGCACAUCUCACAAGCUCAGGAGACGCUGAGCUCGAGCAACUCUGGUUCGAUGGCGAUACAUGGGAUCGAGCUGGCGGAGAAGGGGUUGGGGUAUGGAGUACAACCGCCUCGGAAAUGGCGGCUGAUGCGAGGGGAGGCGUACUUGAAGAUGGGCACGGUGAACAGCUUGGGUGACGCACAGAACGUGGCCAUGUCGUUACUACGCUCCAACAACUCCGAUCCGGAAGCGCUGGUCCUGCGAGGCCGCGCACUCUACGCACAAGGUGAGAAUCAGAAAGCCAUCCAGCACUUCCAAAAAGCCUCCGAAUGCGACCCCGAUCUCAAAGACGCUGGCAAAUAUCUCAAGAUCGUCAAGAAGCUCGACCGCAUGAAGGAAGAAGGCAACACCCACUUCAAAUACGGCCGCUACCCGCAAGCUCUCGACAUCUACACCUCUGCCCUCGAAGUCGACCCUCUAAACAAAGGCACCAACUCCAAGAUCCUCAACAACCGCGCCAUGUGCUACUCCAAGCUCAAAAAGUGGAAAGAAGCCAUCGCCGACUGCGACCGCGCCAUCCAACUUGACCCCUCCUACACCAAAGCCCGCAAGACCCGCGCCAAAGCCCUCGGCGAGGGAGGCGACUGGGACGAAGCCGUGCGCGCGUACAAGAACAUCCAGGAGCAGUCCCCCGAGGAGCCCGGCAUCGCCAAGGACAUCCGGCACGCGGAGAUGGAGCUCAAGAAGAGCAAGCGCAAGGACUACUACAAGAUUUUGGGAGUGGACAAGGACGCAGGGGACCACGAGAUUAAGCGCGCGUACCGCAAGUUGGCCGUCGUGCACCAUCCGGACAAGAACCCGAAUGACCCGGACGCGGAGGGGCGGUUCAAGGAUAUCCAGGAGGCGCACGAGACGUUGAGUGAUGCGCAGAAGAGGGAGCGGUAUGAUAGUGGGGUGGACUUGAUGGAGCCGGGCGAGGGGAUGGGUGGGUUUGGAGGUGGCGGAGGAUUUGGCGGUGGCGGAAUGGGUGGAAUGGGGGGCGGGGUGCAGAUUGAUCCCGAGAUGCUUUUUAAUAUGAUGAAUGGGGGUGGGGGUGGUGGCGGAGGGGGUUUCAGGUUUGCGCAGGGGGGAAGUCCGUUUGGGGGUGGUGGGAGGGGGCAGGGAUUUUCGCCUUUUGGGUGA